CUCCACCUUUUUACUGCCCCACCCCGAGGGAAACCGGAAGUAGUUUUCUAUUGGUCAGCUUUGCGCUCGGGGAAGUUUUGAAAAUCCGAGCCGAAGAGUAACGACUUUAAUUUCCGCUGAUCAAACUGUUUAAUCUCACAGCUACAAAUGGGAGACGGUGUAAAGCAAACAGUGGGAGAGGCGUCUGAGUGUGUGGUGAAGAGAAGCGUUAAAGAGCUGUUUCCUGAUGAAGAGGAUCCUCAUGAUGAUGGUGAUGAGGAGGAGGAAGAUGAUGAUGAUGAUGACAGUGGUACAGAUCACCUCUCUAUCGGUGCUCAGUCCUCUCUUCACCUGCAGCCGACCGAGCCGCUCGGGAGUGGAGAAUUACCUGCGCUGUUCCAGACCAACCACCUGGUGUUCUACGAGAGGUUUAAAGCAUAUCAGGACUACAUGCUGGGUGACUGUAAGCCGUCAGAGGUGAAAGCUUUCACUGCUGAUUAUCUGGAGAAGGUGGUGGAGCCGUGUGACUGGAGGGCGCUGUGGCACACUGAUGUGUUUGACGUGUUGGUGGAGGUGUUGGAUGUAGACUAUAAGGAUUUAAGAGCGGAGGUGGAGGUGGUUCUUCCACUGCAGUGUGAGGCUCGAGGUUGUGAGCUCAGUGAGGACUCCAUGAGAACUUUACUGGAAGCCACGAUGAACAAAGUUCCACUGCAGGAGCUCAGUGUGGUGUACGACUCGUCUGGAGACUUCGACCAAACAGCACUUGCUCUGGAACACCUGAGGUUUUUUUACAAAAACAUCUGGAGGAAGUGGGAUGAGGAAGAUGAAGAUGAUGAGUUUGAUUACUUUGUGCGCUGCGUAGAACCCCGACUCCGACUAUAUUAUGACAUCCUGGAGGACCGUGUCCCUUCCGGUCUGGUGGAGGAGUACCACACACUUCUGCAGCGCUGCACACACACCUUUAAGGAGUUCUCCAGCCUGAGGAACGUCUUGAGCAGUGACUCGGACUCAGAGCUGGACAACGUGUCCAUGGUGGAGGGACUGCGCAUGUACGAGCACAUGGAGAUGCUCAAACGCAGACUGCGCAUCAUCGAGAACCCACUGCUCAGGUAUGUGCUGGGUUACAGGAUGAAUUGUGGUCAGCAUUCGUGUCGUCCUAAAGGUGAGCGUCCCGGUGGAGGCCGUGUGGUCCAUGUGGUCUCGUCCUCCACCAGCGUUCUGUCUCUCAACAACCUGAUGAUGGAUAAACUCCUCCCUCUGUACUCAGGGAAAGAGUUCGAGCUACAGUUCCACAGUGACCCAGCGGCGGCGAUUGCGGUGUGUUAUGACGGAGAUGUAAUCAUUGUGUGUCCUGGACAUUACAUCAUCACCAGUGCCGUCAGCAUCACCGACUCCAUCCAGCUGGAGGGUUAUGGUUUGCCUGAUGAGAUAAUUAUAGAGAAGAGGAAUAAAGGAGACACGUUUGUGGAGUCGAUCGGUGUUGAUGUGAAAAUCUCCAACCUGAAGUUUAUUCAGCACGACGCCAUCGAGGGAAUUCUCUGUGUUAGACAGGGGAGGUUGGAGAUGGAGAACUGUGUGUUACAGUGUGAAACAACUGGUGUUAUUGUCCGCACAUCUUCUCAGCUCAUCAUGAACAUGUGUGACCUUUAUGGCUCUAAGGGAGCCGGUGUAGAGAUUUAUCCAGGGAGUGUGUGCAGUCUGGUGGGAAACGGUAUCCAUCAUUGUAAGGAGGGAGUCCUGAUUAAGGAUUUUGCAGAUGAGUUGGACAUUCCUCCUCAGAUCACAAUGGUGAAUAAUGUGAUCCACAAUAAUGCAGGUUAUGGAGUAAUUCUAGUAAAGCCUGAAGACCGCACAGCUGUUGCAGAAGCUGAAAAGGAGGAGGAGCAAUCAGGAGGUGGGGCCACAACACCAGAGGGUGGAGUCACAUAUACAGGAGGCAGGGCCACAACACAAGAGUGUGAAGUCACACAUACAGGAAGUGGGCCCACAACACCAGAGGGUGGAGUCACACAUACAGGAGGCGGGGCUACAACACCAGAGGGUGGAGUCACACCUACUGGAGGCGGGGCUACACCAUUGGAGGGUGGAGACACACCGAACAGAGGCGGGGCUACAAUGUUGGAGGGUGGAGAGACACAGACAGGGGUUGGGGCAACAUCAAAGGAUGGAAACACACAAUCAGAAUGUGGGGCCACAAUGGAACAGGGUGGAGUCAUACAAUCAGAAGGUGGGGCUGUGGAAGCAGAGGUGGAGUCAGCAUGUGAAGCUCCUGUGUCAGAGGAAGAACAUCCAGAUGAAGUCAUUCCUCCUGAAUUCAUCGCAGGAAAUGAUGUCAUCAUGCGUGAGCUCCUGGCCACUUCGGUGACGAAGCGUCGUGCUCAGAGGAACCGUGUGCAGGACGUAGGAACCCUGAGGGCCGACGAGAAUCUUCUGAGUCAGGACAUGUUCGUCUCCAUCGAGGGGAAUCAGUUCCGGCGUAAUGGCAUGGGCAGCUUUGGGACCUUCCUGUACUGAAACUGACAAGUGCUCAGAGACAAACUCCGCCCACAAACUCUGCUUAUUUAUCCCACAAACUUCCUGAAGUCUGUAUUGAACUCUAGGCUUUUAUUUAAUUUUAGAUAUAAUUAUCUGCUAGCGUGUGACCAUUUAGAACUUUAGUGUCUCAGUUCUGUUUAAAUUCAUCACAGAGUUUAAUUAGUUUCAUUUUGUUGAAGUUUUAUUUUCUAAACUGGACAGUAAGGUGAUGUCACUAAAGUGUUAUUGGAAAGUUUAAGUUUGGUGAGAGAUGUGUUUGGUUUUGAUGAUGAGAAGGUGAUGAGACACUGACGGUUAUAGCAGUUGUGUUGUGGUGUUCUAGUGUAGGUGUGGUGUUCUAGUGCAGGUGUGGUGUUCUAGUGCAGGUGUGUUGUUCUAGUGCAGGUGUGGUGUUCUAGUGCAGGUGUGGUGUUCUAGUGUAGGUGUGGUGUUCUAGUGUAGGUGUGGUGUUCUAGUACAGUUGUGGGUCACUGAGCACAUGGUGGUUUGGGAAUGAGGGGUGUUCAGUUUCUUGGCUUUCUGCUUCACCUUGUAUGAGACACGUUGCUGUUUAAUCCACUGCAAAUUAAUCAACAGGAAUUAAAGUUCUGCUAAAACCUCA